AUGCUCCACGAAAUCCUCCUCGCCCUCUCCGGGCACCCCUCCCCUCUCCUCCGAACCGAAGCUGCAGACUCCGAUGCGCUGUCAUCGUCAGCAAUCUCGCCCCCGGAACGCGAGCUCCUGAGCACCGCCGCGCACCUCAGCGACCUGCACGUCAAGCUGCAAAGCUACACAGCUCCCAUCGCGGCCGAGCACCCGUCGACGAUAUGCCGCGCCGUCGCGACCGCCGUGCAGUCCGUCCACCUGGCCGCCUUCCAGCGCAAGGUCCUGGAAGUCGAGGAGACGAUCUUGAGGAAGGAUUCGAGCUUGGUUGGGGCUUAUAAUAUUGUGCCUCUGACGGCGGUCAUGGGCGAGUUUUCCGAGUGGACGAGAAGGAUGGAGUGGUUGUGGGAGAUUGUGCAGUUCAUGCUGCGGAAACAACAGGGACAGACGUGCCGUGGCGCGCAGCUCAUCGAUCGGCUAAGAAGCGAGUUGCAGAGCGGCUACGUGGACAUCGAGAGGACGGCGAUGAGUCUGGUAUCAGUAGCGGAGACGGCAUGGCUGAAGCAGGUCUCUGCCUGGAUUCUCUACGGGCGGCUGCCCACCUUCGGCGGGGGUGACUUUUUCGUGCAAAAGGCAGAAGGCGGCGAUCAGGACUAUGUCUCAGUACCGACAUUGUUGCCCAAUUUCGUCACGCCCAAGACUGCGUCUUCGAUGCUCUUCAUCGGGAGGUCGUUGAACCAUGUUCGCGUAAAGAGCAGCGUUGAGUCGGGCCUCCAAGGGCUGGAUCACCUUUCAUCGCAAUUGAAGGAGUUGUCGGCUUUGACAUACCCGCUCGACACAGCCAGCUUCUCACGCGCCAUCACAUCUAUCCGUCUCACGCUUUCGCGCACGAUAUUGCUGAAGCUGUUGCCACUCACCAAAGUUGUCGAGGCCCUUCAGGUCCUGCGCGAGUUCUUCCUUCUGGGUCGUGGCGAAUUCGCCAUGGCUUUGACACAGCAAGCCGACGAGAAGCUCCGCAGUCGCUGGAAGAGGUCAGACAACCUCUCUUACGAGAAGCGGGAGGGCGUUGGCACGUUUGCGGUCAAGGAGGGCGAGGUCGCGGCCGUUCUGGCUAAGACAUGGGGAGCGAUGGGUCUGAUGCAGGGGCAGCACGCAGAAGAAGACGAGGGACUUGAGAUUGCACGAGAACUCCUUCGGUUGAAUCUCACCAAAUCCAAGCCCGCAAAGCCUCUGAAACUCGAAGCGAGCACGUCGCAACCGACGACCAAGACGUUGGCCACGACGCCUUUCCGCAAUCUGCUGCUCUCCGUACCCGUCGUUCUGACGAUGCAGAUCCCAUCACCUCUGGAUAUGUUCCUCACCUCGUCAGACCUCCAGAUCUACUCCACGAUCAACUCAUACCUGCUCUCCAUCCGCAGGGCGCAUAUCCGUCUUACCGAGCUGUGGAAAAUAACAUCUCUACGCCGCCACCACCCGGCCCCCCCUGGACCACCGGCGGGAAGCACCCGAGCUGGUCGAUCAAAAGUGGUGCUCCUCCGACAACGGUACACAUCUCGCUCAAAUGCUCUACGCAGCGCCUGGGUUACUUGUAGCUCGGCAAUCUUCUUCCUCUCCGAGACGGAGGCAUACCUACAGACCGAGGUUGUCGCAGGCCUAUGGGACGGUUUCCAGGAAUGGCUGACCUUGGGGGAGAAAAAGCCAGAGCCCACUCCGUCAUCCACGUCUCAAUCAAAAGCGCCCUCGGCAGAAGCGUCAGAAGACGAGGACGACGACGAUAUUUGGCUCGCCCAAAGCACAUCAAACCUCAGACUCGCUCCAAAACCAGACACGACACCAACCCGCGACCCCCAAAGCCUCGCCACGGCUCACAGAGCAUACCUCCGCGCCCUCUCGACCCGUCUCCUCCUGACAUUCCCCUCCUACACCGACCCGCUCUACAACCUCCUGACGCACACCGACCACCUCGUCGCCCUAACCACGCGGCUCCACGACGUCUGGACAUCCAUGGACCUCGAAGCCGACGCCGGCGUCGUCGAUGCCUUCGUCGACCUCGAGAUCGAGGAAGCGGACGUCCGUACCGCCAUCCGCGAUGUGGAGAAGCAUGUCAAGGACGGCGUCCGCGAGGUCAUUGCCGCGCUGAGGUCCCUCGAGGCCGACCCCGCCGCGUUCGCGGACGAGGAGGAGGGCGGCGAGGAGGGCGUCCUGCGCGAAGAGGGCGAGUACGUCCCCCGCAGAGUGGGGGGUGUCGAGAGGCUUCUGAUGAAGCUAGACCUCGCCGGCUGGUUUGGGGAGAAGAAGGAUGAUUUCUUCGCGUUCGGGGAGUACUGA